AGGCCUCCCUGAAGCCUGAACUCAGCAGGCUCCAAGGGAGGCAGGAAGCCAGGAAGGAGGCUGGAAGAGUUCCCUGCAGCAGACCCUCUGCCCAGACCAUCCAGUACAGCCUUUGCCAGAUGUUAAACUGAGUGAUGCUACCAGAGUGUGUGGAAAUCGGGGGUCUAUGAAACGGAUUGUAGGAGGAAAAGAUUCCCAAGGUGGAGAAUGGCCUUGGCAAGUCAGCAUCAAACUGAAUGGGGAUCACCACUGCGGAGGGUCCCUCAUUACAGACCGAUGGGUUGUCUCAGCCUCGCACUGCUUUAAAGAGAAUAACACAACCUCCAAUUUCUCAGUGCUGCUGGGAGCACGGAAGCUCUCUGAUCCAGGCCCUCAUUCCGUCACCGUUGGCGUGAGUCGCAUCGUCCCUAAUCCCACAUAUGAGGGGGAUUUGCGGACCGGAGACAUUGCCCUAGUGGAGCUGAAAGAGCCAGUGACCUUCUCCCACCGCAUCAUUCCCAUCUGCGUUCCUGAUGCCAGGGUCAGAUUCCUUCCAAACCAGAAGUGCUGGGUCACUGGCUGGGGGGAAGUGGAAGGCAGAGACAGACUCCAAACCUCUGAUAUUCUACAAAAGCUGGAGGUCCCCAUAAUCAGCACAAACACCUGCAAUGCCCUCUACCACCAGGGCUCCAGUGAGCCCAAAGGGACACAGGACAUUAAAAGAGAUAUGAUAUGUGCUGGUUUUGCUGCUGGACGACAGGAUGCCUGCCAGGGUGAUUCUGGAGGACCACUAGCCUGCCGGAUGGGUGACUCAUGGCUCCUUGCAGGUGUGGUGAGCUGGGGAGAAGGGUGCGCACAGAAGAACCGUCCUGGUGUUUAUGCCCGUGUCACAUACUACCAACCAUGGAUCCACAGCGUAAUACCAGAGCUGAAGUUUACAAGCGUGAACACCAGAAGCAGUAACAGUGCAUCAACUGUCAGCUUUGGUCUCAUCUCCAUCAUCAUAUCCACUGUCCUAUUGCUGCAGUCUUUGGAGUAGUAGACUCCUUAGAGAAGGGUUGCUGCCCUGCUUCCUGGGAAGAGCUUUUUGCCAAUGCUGUAUGCCUAGCGAGGAAGAGGAUGUGGAGAACAUCAUAACUGCCAAAGCGAGGCAAUGGAAGUGGCCUCAGAAUGAUUCUGCUACUGGAUAGGGGAAAUGUGUUUUCUUUCAUGGACUCAGUCUUCCAUCCCAGGAAGAUCUUUUUCUCCAGGAUGCCAGAGCAAUAGGGCUCACAACUGGAUAUUGUACCCAGCUCUUGGAUUUGCUAAAUCACUAGCACUAAGCCACAUGUAUAUUUAUUCUCUUAUUUAUUGUUUGUAUCUCUGUGACAAUGGACUUUUGUAACAUGCAUUCUCUUGCAACUCCCCAAUCAUGUCCCCUGAGUGUGUGAGUAAUGGAACCCUGUCUAGGAGGUGGCUCACACAUCCUUAUCUGUCCCUUUUUUCUUCCCUCACAAUAAACUCCUUGAACCUUGGCA